AUGAUUGAUUCAGCACCAAAAUGCGAGCGAUGGAGUCAGCCCAACGAAUGGAGUGAUUGCAUGUGGUUCCCUAUAUCAGCCAUGACGAAAAACCUCGAAAUGCAUUGCGAGGUUCCAAGUAGAGCCCACGAACUACAGAUCAACCUUCCCGUGCCGAAAGGAAUAUCGAUUCCUGACAAAUGUGGAUUCUGCAGCUACCGCGUUCGUUGCCACAAACGACAAGGAAAAGAAGGAUGCUUUCCGCUGAAAAUCGACAAGAAGGCAUGCGGAGCCGACGAUUGCCCGACAUGCGCGAACAUCUGCACGGUGAAGGCACAGAACGGAAGCUGCAACUGGAUUCGUCAUUUGGAAGUGACCGUUCGGAAACAGUUGCACAUGAAAUCCAUGGAGACGAAAAUGCCAUUCUGGCGCUCCCAGGGAUACGCUCACAUCAUAAAAUACCUGCCACACGGAGUCUGCAAGAAGUUAUGA